AUGCACCAAGGGGUUUCGGAGAUGGGGGAUUAUACUGGGUUUGAUCCAGUGGAAACAUUUAAAAAACAUUUUUAUAUCUCAUAUUUUUUGCAUUUUCCAAAAUAAAGUCAAAUUUCAACUGCAUCCACCCCACUCAAAAAAAACAUUUUCUUGGAUCUAAACAUACCCUUGUUUAGUUGUUUUAUAUCUGUUAUUACCUUAAUGACAUGGCGGCUGCAGCUAAAGACACAACAGAAAUGGAGUUGAAGUUGGGGAGGUGAGCAAGCACGAAGUGGACAGAGGCAAAGAUCAUAAUGAAGUAAGAGAGCUUCAUGUCUUUGCAGUCUUCACAGAGCAAGUCAUGAACUUUCUUGAGUGAUUUUCCCCCUGUCACCAUGUAGACAAUGUCCACUCCCACUUCAACCACCAGCUGCUGGGGUACCACAAUCCAAAGGCCCAACUUUUCUCCAAAGGCUUGCUGCCCAAGCUCGUGGUAUCUGUCAAAACGCUUCCCAGGGGGGGUAUGUACCAUCCUAGGCGUGCCAUGGCAUACGGUAGACUAAGGACACCAGCUCCAACCAUAGCGGUGACGUUGUGGAAUGCACUGUACCACCAUUUCGCGUUUCUGGCCGAAGUAAUCGGAAGCCAUCGAUCCACAUCACUGUCCCUUUUUGACCUUUCUUCAUCACCCUGCAUGGUUCAAAUCACACACCCCACAACUUCAGCCAAACUCACAUAAACCAUAGAUGUCCAUCUUCUUGUUCAGGUUUCAAGAAACAUAGCACAGAUAGUGUAUGAACACAGAGAAGGAGAAGAGCAGUGUAAAAAAAGGCACAGAGUAGGCAAGAAGAGAGAAGAUCUGGGUUUCAAUUCUUGAAUCUUUUCUACUUUUGGGCUAUGAUUUCAGAACACAGAAAUGUUAAGGGAAAAAAUGCAAAAAAAAAAAAAAUCCCUCUUCAAUUCCUUCUCUUCUCAGGCUAAGAUUUUUAAAAAACAAACACAGUAAUGAUUAGUGAAAAAAUGCUGAUAACCAUG